AUAAUUUCUCAAAGAACUAUAAGUCGUAUUCUUAAAAAAGCUGGCCUGUUUACACGUAUUGCUUGUGCAAAGCCCUUUAUUAGUAAAAAAACUAAAGAUGAGUAUCAUGAAUUGGCGGAAGCACAUCUUGAUUGGACGACUGAAGAUUGGAAAACGUUCUUUGUCCUCUUGUCCAUUUCUAUGGAAGUGUUACAAGUACGUCCUAUCGUUGAAUACUUAGUCAUUAUGCAAUUCCCAAGCUUCAAGAUCAAUAUCCCAAUAGUAACAAAAUAUUUCAACAUGAUGGUGCCUCGGUCUACAGGA